UGCGCGCCGGCGCCGGCCCGGGAGCCGGAUUUGGAGCGCUCGGCGCCGGCGGGGCCGGAGGGGGCGGCGCGGCGGAGCCUCCAGUGGCCUCGGACGCUCCUCCUAGCCCGCGGCCGCCGCCCGCCUCCGCCUGCGCCUCCAGUUCUGUAGCCCCGGCCUGCCGGCCGCCACUUCCGGUCGCUCACCUGGGACGCGCUCACCUGCCUCGGGGCGCCUGGGCACCAGGAUGAAGGACCGGCUGGAGCAGCUGAAGGCCAAGCAGCUCACACAGGAUGAUGAUACGGACGAGGUCGAGAUUGCCAUUGACAACACGGCUUUCAUGGAUGAGUUCUUUGCAGAGAUCGAGGAAACUCGUCAGAACAUCGACAAGAUCUCAGAGCACGUGGAAGAGGCUAAGAAACUCUACAGUAUCAUCCUGUCUGCACCAAUUCCUGAGCCAAAAACCAAGGAUGACCUAGAGCAGCUCACGACCGAGAUCAAGAAAAGGGCCAACAACGUCCGGAACAAACUGAAGAGUAUGGAGAGGCACAUCGAGGAAGAUGAGGUCCGGUCGUCCGCAGACCUUCGGAUUCGGAAAUCCCAGCACUCCGUCCUGUCCCGGAAGUUUGUGGAGGUGAUGACCAGAUACAACGAGGCUCAGGUGGACUUCCGUGAACGCAGUAAAGGGCGAAUCCAGCGGCAGCUCGAAAUCACUGGCAAAAAGACCACAGAUGAGGAGCUGGAGGAGAUGCUGGAGAGUGGGAACCCUGCCAUCUUCACUUCUGGGAUCAUUGACUCUCAGAUUUCCAAGCAAGCCCUCAGUGAGAUCGAGGGGCGGCACAAGGACAUCGUGAGGCUGGAGAGCAGCAUCAAGGAGCUUCAUGACAUGUUUAUGGACAUCGCCAUGCUGGUGGAGAAUCAGGGUGAGAUGCUAGAUAACAUAGAGCUGAAUGUCAUGCACACAGUGGACCAUGUGGAGAAGGCACGGGAAGAAACUAAAAGAGCCGUGAAAUACCAGGGUCAGGCCCGGAAGAAAUUGAUAAUUAUCAUUGUGGUAGUAGUGGUGUUGCUGGGCAUUUUAGCAUUGAUUAUUGGACUUUCCGUUGGGCUGAAGUAAUGGUGGCCUGAGUGGUUGCUGCACUGAAAUGUUUGUGACUAAGUGUUAAAGUUGUUCUCCACCAUCAUUCUGUGCACUGAUCAGCAACUCCUUCCCGUGCCUCUCUUAGAACCCGAUUUCACUCCAGCCUGGUGUGGCCACCCUUGUCUUCAGAUGGGAAUGAAGUUUGAAUGGCUUUCCUGAGAGAGAGUGGGACCUGUUCCUUUGUUUCCUUGUAACCGUCCUUGGACCUGACCCAGCAAACAACUUAGCCCAGGAGGAAGCUAAUCUGCCUGAUGUAACCCUGAGUUCUCAGAACCUUCUCCUGCCCCACCAACUCUGAAGUACCUUCUCUCCCGGACAGUAUGAACCAACCCAGCUUCUCUUUGUUCCCUCUGAAUGUGUCAAAGUAAGCCUUGCACCUUGGAAAGCCGAUUCCAAACCUUCCCAGGGUGCUGUAUUUUCUACCUCAUGGAGUAUUCUUCUCCCAGAAAUUGCAACAUAUUUUUGAGGGGUAUCUUUCACAACACAAAGGGAUUCUUCCAAGUGUGGCGACAGUAAGGCUCAGCUCGAGCCUUCUACUUGGCAGGGUCUUGGUCCUCACAGUUUGCUGUCCCUGUGUCUUGAAAAUAUGUGGAACUGGCAGAUGUCAUUUUGGUCUUAGCAGCUGACUUGUUUGAAGUUCAGUCUUAAAUUAAGCUCUUGGUAUGUUCAGCUUCAUGGCCGACUUCAGUCUUUAUGUUGUGUUCUCUCAUGUUUACUCAAGGAGGCACCAGGAUGAUACGGUUGUCUGAGGUUACCAUUUGUAAAGGCUGAAGGUAUGGAGAUACUUGUUUGCCUCUCUGAGUCUUGGAAACUGGCUGUUCUCCUUUGGAGUGAUGCUUUGUGAAGCCACUGCCUUGAGGCCAAAAAUAACCAGGCACUUAAAAUUGGGCCAGGGACAAGGUGCUUGAGUCUCAGGUUCUGGAAAUGUUUAGAUUGGUGCGAGUGUUCAGUCAUUCAUUUCAUAUAUUCCGGAUGUAUUUUUAUAAUCGUGUGUGAGACGUACAUAUAUAUUUGCCUGACUCUCUCAGGAAGUAGGAAACUAGAAAUGGAGAAUAUUAUAACAUCAAAAAACAAAAACAAACACCUUGGGCUGGGCUAAAAAUUAGGUAAGACAUAUGCUUAUUUACAAAUGAGUCACAGCAGAAAUAGGAUCUUCCUGUGUCAUUGAGAAACCUUGAUUUCUGGAUGAGUGCUGGGACGAUCACAGAUCUUUGGGGUUAGGACUACACUGAUCCCACUAAGUUUUUCUGCUUAGCGGACAGGUAUGACAAGUUUUGGCACCUCUCCUUGCUGCUGCAUAGGUGAGGCUUGUCCUGAGAAUAUCCCACAGCAAUCUGAGAUCAUUCCUGGGGCCUUUAGGAUGAUCCUGUCUCCAGGGCUGAGUCAGCUGGGGGAGACCGGGGGCUACUAAGUAGCUCGUAUUGCUACCAGGUAAAUGAGCUUGACAGGUUCUUUGUCUCCCCCCAAUUCUUAUAAUGGAGGAAGCAACAGCCAGGAAAUGAUUUCAAGUGUAGUGACUAUGGUGACCCAGUGGUGAGCCCCUUAGAUUCCCUGCCAGUCUCCCUGAUGUAUAGUUGAACUUUGACACUCUAGGAUAGAGUGAGCACCUAAUCCAGGCACUGCCCCGGGCUUCCUUUGCAAAGGCUGUGUACUCCGUCAUUGCUCAGCACUGCGACAGAGCCAAAGGGAUACCCUCUUCCCAUGGCUAUGAAGUCAGACAGUGGACUGGCUCCAGCAACGAGGGAAGACAAGCUCUUACCACAGGCCUUUGUUGAGCCCUGGGGCUUAGUUUGGAAUACAACAAGUGAAGGGUUUUUUGUCAUUUGUGUUUUUUAAAUGUAAACUUGAUUAUUUUAUUGAUAAUUUAAAAAUAAAUGACUUUAUAUUGAUUGUGAAACAGUUCUUGCUCUAUUUCCCUACAAAAGAGUGGUUGGGUGCCACCACGUGGUGGUUUUUGUUUAGGUUUUGGAAACAAGGGUUACAGUGCUUUUUAUCCAUGUGCCAGACCAGAUGGAUCAAAAGUUCUAAUUUUUGAAAAUGCUUUAACUCUCAAAGAAUAUGGUUUAACUAUAUUUGAGUUUCAGGUUUAAGGUGGUCUCCCUAAGAAUUCAGUUCACUUAUCAGGAGUAUCUGUCUCUAGGAGGAGAUGGGGUAACCCAGGUGUGGUGGGAACCAGAAAGCAGAACAACCUACUGAACGUCCUCAGAGACUGCUGUUGAUCUCAUUUUGAAUCUCUUGCCUGAAAGCAACGCUUCUAGUAAUAUCCUGGGUUCUUGAAGCCAGAUCCAUCACCCUUUCCCUUCACGUCUUCCUCCGUGUCUGGAUCCACUUUCGCCUUCCUUCCCCUGCAACUCUGCGCAGUGAUGCUGCUUCUCACAUGCUUUUUCUUUCCUUGUCUGGAUGAGCAGAAGAAGAUCAUGAUCAUGAUCUGCUGUAUUAUCCUUGCGAUCAUCUUAGCUUCUACCAUUGGGGGCAUAUUUGCCUGAAAAAGGUGAGCCAUUUGUGG